GCCGGCGGUGCGCAACUCUAUCGCCUCUCCGUGUUCCUAGGCCAGCGCUGCGCUGCGCUGCGUGUGCUCCGCUCCUUCACGGCCGUUGAAGAAGCGGCCCUGCGUUUCCAUUUUCCACUCUUUGACGCUUCGUGCUCCGCUCCUUGGACAUUUGCACGUUGGACUUGUACAGCGCAGGCCUGGCUGUCGGCGUUGAGCAGGUCAUAUCUGGGGCCGUCGAGGAAGAGCAAUUGGCAAUAAAGUGUGCUGCAUCACCCCUGCCGCCCGCCAGCCCGGGGUGCCAUCUUUGGGGGCUGCUUCUUACGUGCGCCGGCGUGCAUACGAACUGCCUGACAGACACCAAUUUCCAGCUGACAUUCCUCGAUCCUCCAGCACACCACCAGUGCCACCUGGGCAACCGCCGCCGCCUCUCACUCCUCCACCGCGCCCGCUUGAAGAAUGCUUGGUCGUGUUGCAUACCCAGGGCGCCUUUGAGAGAUUAAGACGCGGCACAGGCAUCGCACGGGCAUUGGGUAGCCGAGCAGACUGUCUGGCGCCGUCGACCGACCGGAAAACGCGGAGAGAAGCACAUGAUGCAGAGCAAUGGUAACGGCUACCAGCACGGGCGGAAAUCAGUGCCAGAGUACGAAAGCUAUGACGGGAGUGGUUACGGGAGUCCUAUAUCAUCUGCACGGAGUUCUUACGCCACCAGACCACCGCCAGCAAUGCCAGCAAGAGCACACGCCCUGAGCCAGAGCACAAAUGGUGGCUACGGCGACUUCGACUUUGACGCGAGCUUCCCGGAGCCACCCAGGCUGCCAUCAAGUCACGCGAAUGCCAGUGUGAAUGCGCGCAACCACUUUGAGGACAUCAAGUUCGGCCUGGACAACCAGAUCGCAGGCCACCAUAUGCAGCUGAACACGAACGCACAUGCCGAGAACCACGAUGCGGUUGGGCGGCAUUUGCUCUACGAGACCGCAUUGCUGGAUACGCAGGCUUUCGAGAUUUUGGACAUGGGCCAGAUCGAUGAAUUGAAGAAAGAACAUGCAAGGCUCAACUCGAGGAUCGACGCUGCGAAUCGCAAGCUGGUCCUGGAGAUCAAAAUGAAGGAUGCCGCGCAGAACUUGAACAGGCUGUACUCCGCCGGUAAGAAGGAUGGCAGGCCGGACACUCCGCAAAGCCCAGACAAGGACAGGCACAGCCUGAUGGGGGGCAGAAAACGGACGAGCAGCAACAAUAGUGCGGGGGGUCUUAUACAAGCUGAGGACGAGCUAUCGCAAAGCAUCAAGAAAGUGGAUGAGCUUAAUGAGCAGAUCAGGACCAUGAUGGAACGACGACAAGUUGUGGAGAGAUCUCUACUCAGACACACUGCUGCCGUGCUGGCAGAUCAAGCGAACAAGCCUUCAGAAGCCUGGCUUGCCAACGGACACCGAAACCUUGACGGCGAUGACGAAGUGCUCGGACAUGCGCCAGACGGGCUUGACGAGUUCGACGGCAUAAGAGACAUCUUGAAGGGUGCACCCGCAGCUUCCAAGAGUAGUGCAGACGUUCAGCGAAUGCAAGCAGAGCACGAGCAACAAAUGAUCAACAUGCAGAAGAGAAUGCAACAGCUCAAUGCACAGUUGCGAAGCGUGAUCACGGAUGCCAGUCAGGUGCGCGGCCAGGAACCGGAGCCAGAGCCACAUAUUGCUCCUUCCGAAAGCUUGGAAUCAUCCCUCGAGAACACGUUCGCUGUGCUGGAAGCGAACAUGCACAUCAUGCAACAGGAACGAGAGAAGAACAAGGUGCAUUAUGCACGUGUGCAAGACAGUGCUUCGGAAACCCGAAAUUUGGUCGAGCAGCAGCUCGAGGACGUCAACAACCAACUUCACAGCACUCUGCAGAUCUCGUCAGUGAUGGAGGCUCUCAAGGAUCUCAGAGAGCCACCCCAGGCAACAGGCCAUGGGUACCAGAACCAGGUGCAGUACCUCGAGGAUAGCCUGCACACGCUGCAAAAGCUCCUGCAGGAGCACAACGAGCAGCUGGAAAUCGCCAAGCAUGCAUCAUCAGGAAUCCAGGACGCCCAGUCGGCUGCCGCCAAACAGGCAAAGAGAGCAGAGGAGUAUGAGACAGUUGUUGCAGGGUUGUGGGAUCUCUUCUCCGACGAGCACCGGUCAAGCCCAGUUGAGGGAGCAAGUGGCAAAGACUUCUCUUUGCAAGCUUUCAGUUCACGCGUGCAAAAUCUCAUUGACGUGUCAAACAGCGCCAAGGAACAGCAAGAAAUUCUUCGUCGCCAGAUACAGCAGCAGCGCGACCUCAAUGGCAAGUCUGAUAUGGAAAAGGAUCGGGAAAUUCAAGAGCUUCAGGCUCGCUACGAAGCACUGAACAGCUCUUACGAUGCCACACAGCAGGACCUGGCGAAGGCCGUGGAGAAUCAUCUUUUCGCCGAUCAGCAGGCGCAACAGGCGCAGACAGACAUGCAAGAGGUCAUGUCUCAGAUUGACGAAUUGCGCAAGACCGUAGAGGCCGCCGAAGCACGAAGCAAGGCUCUUGACGAGCGACAUGCUCUCAUUCUUGCUGAGCGGGACUCCCUUGGAGCGGAACGAGACGCCCAUAAACAGAAACUCGAAGACGUUCAACAGGAGAUGCAAGAUAUGGAGGGCGAGCUUGUCAGGCUGACUACUGAGCUCACAAUGGCGAAGGCGGAGCUGGAAGGCGCCUAUGGCUCGCGUAAGGAGCGGCAGAAGGAAGCUGGUGCAAGCGAGGCAGAAUUAGAUGCCCUUGCUGCGCUGAAGGACCAGGAAAUCGCUCAGCUUCGACGUGAGCAUGCUGAGAAGACGAAGUUGCUCGAGCAGGAGUUGCAAGAUAUGAUGACGGAGUUCCAGGAAAUGACUCGCGAGUCGCUUGAACUGGAGAAGGAACGUGGUCAGCUGGAGAACCUUAUUGACACGCUACGUGAAAGGACGGAACAACUGGAAGGAGAAUUGAGUGAUCACCAAGUGCAAUGGAUGGGUGUCAAAUCUCCUGGCGCUGAUGGCGUGGUCAAAGAAAGCACCAGUGUCAUGGUGCUUCGGCAAGAGUUCAAGAAAAUGAUGCGAGAGUCGAGAGCCGAAGGACUCCGAUUACUCAGAGCUGAGCAAGAAGAACGGCGACGACUCGAGACUGAGGUUCGAAAGACUCGCCAACUCAACUCACCUCUCGGCCGUGGCCCAGGUCGACCUGGCAGCCUCGCACAUAACCGUCUCAACAGCAUUGCAUCAUCUCAGGGUGGAUCAUACCUUACAAACGGAUCGACACCAGCCACGAGCCUCGGAAGUCCACCAGCAACCACAAUGAACUUGCCUAAUUCUGGGCUGCCACCAUCAAACGAGGCCCUUAAGACACAGCCACAGCCACAAGCCACCUGACGGUGACCGUCAAUGGCGCCAUAUUUACGAAAGGCUGCCAAUGGAUUCUCUGUACUGCCUGGCAAGUAGAGGCAUCUCCUUUGCACUGCUAUUCCCACACAUCAUUAUUCUGUUCCGGAUCCGAGAUCUGCGUUUUCCUAUGUGGAACGUGGCAAAGACACGACAUUACCUGGUGCUUGCGAGUGGACCAUCUAGGAGGACUACUGCCACAUUUACGAGCAUUGCGAGGAGGCGCUUAUUGCAAGUACUUCAAAAGACCAUGGGAGCAGGCGGCAUAUCGAUGCACGUUUCAAUCAUUGCGUUGACUCCGCUUCCGAGCGUGGGCAACAUGGGCGGUCGGGACCUUACGGCCAUUUGAUGCAUUUCAUAUACAGCAGCGUUCGAUGAAGGCUGCAUUUCGCUUGCAAGCUCAAUGUGGAAACAAACAUUACAUUUGGUGUUGGAGGCGUAUUCUGAAAAUUUGGAGACGACAGACAAUGACGAGACGGAAGGUCUGUAUCAUGUAUAAAUAUGUGCUGGGCUGAUCUAGCUAGCCUCUUCUUACUGUGUAUAGAGAAAGAACAUUGAGCGCAAAGCUCGGAGACUCAUGAGGUGCCACGCUUGCGACUGAAAAGAGAGCACUGUUUUCUACUUUUCGUGUCAUUGGGAGAUAUCUAUACUUUGCACUCGACUUGCACCAUCUUCACAGGAUCUGCCUGUCCUUCUAGCGGGUUCUUCCUCUCUGCAACGAUAUCAGCGGGAAUGGUCUAGCAAGCAAGUCGUCAACCAACAAACAAACAAACAAACUCACCCCUCUCCCACUUCUCCAAAUGGUCCAACUCCAUCUUCUUCCCGAUCAACGUCUCUCCGUUCCAUGGAAAUGCCCUUACGCCACAAA